CCUAAACAAAAGAGAAAGGCUACUAAACAAAGGUCAGACAUAUUGGAUCACUUCACUAAAUACACUGAACAUGGGCAAGGAAUAUGUAAGUGCAAAUAUUGUGGUAUGUUUUACAAUUGACACAUGAAAGAUUGAAAUUGAAGACUUUUGUAAAAACCAAUUGUAGAAGAGUAUGUCUUACAACUGACACAUGGACUUCCUUGCAAAAAAUCAAUUAUAUGUGUCUAACUGCCUACUUUAUUGAUAAUGAUUGGAAACUAAACAAAAUAAUAUUAAAUUUUUGUCAAAUAUCAAGUCAUAAAGGGGAAGCAAUUGGUAAGGCAAUUGAGAAAUGCUUGCUUGCAUGGGAUAUUGAAAAUGUCAUGACUAUUACAGCUAAUAAUGCAAGCUCUAACGAUACAUCUAUUCUUUAUUUGAAAAAAAGAAUAAACAAUUGGGGGACAAGUGUUUUGAGAGGAGAAUUUUUGCAUGUACAAUGUAUUGCUCACAUAAUGAAUUUGGUUGUGAAUGAUGGUUUAAAAAUGAUGAAUGAUUCUGUACAUCGUGUUCGAAAUGCAAUAAGGUUUAUUAGGUCAUCUUGCAAUAGAGUUGAACGGUUUAAAAAAUGUGCCGUAGAAGAGAAAAUUUCAACUCAAAUUAUGUUGUGUCUUCAUGUUCCAACUCGGUGGAAUUUGACUUAUUUGAUGUUAGACACUGCUGUGAAAUAUGUAAAUGCUUUUGAGAGAUAUGAUGAUGAAGACCCACAUUAUAAUGAUGAUUUAUGGGAUGUGGAUGGUUAUGGGAAGGGGUUAGGGAAACCUAUGUCAGAUGAUUAAGAUCAUGUUCUGAUAAAAUUGUUGAAAGUUUUUUUAUAAUUUGAAUGUUCGUGUUUCUGGCUCAUUAUAUGUGACUUCUAAUGCUUAUUUUCAUAAGGUUUCUGAUGUGGAUUGUCUAUUAAAGGAAUGGUGUGCUAGUUGAGAUGAUAAUUUUAAGAACAUGGCUAUGAAAAUGAAAGAAAAGUGUGAAAAAUAUUGGGGUGAUCCUAAAAAGUUGAAUGUAAAGUUGUUUAUCUCUGCUAUACUUGAUCCUCGUUACAAAUGGGAUUGUGUGGAGUAUGGGAUUUGUCAAAUGUAUGAGAUUGAUGUAGCUUUAAGUAUAUGCAACACAGUCAAGAAAGCCUUUAAGUAUAUGUAUGAUGAGUACAAGGGCUCACAAGUGACAACUAAUUCAAAUAGUACUCAGAGUGAGGGUUCAACUUCUAGUGGAGUAGAUGGUGAACCUAGUAUAGGAAAUAAGGGAAUAAUAAGGGCUAGAUACAAGAAACUUAAAGCUACAAAAGAUGAUGUGGAUGCCAAAUCUGAGCUAGAUAAGUAUUUAGAUGAUGAUACGGAGGAGGAUGUGGAUGAUAUUGAUAUUUUAAAGUGGUGGAAAACUCAUGGUGCACGAUAUCCUACUCUUUCUAUUAUAGCUAGUGAUAUAUUAGCUAUACCUAUUUCUACGGUUGCAUCUGAAAGUGCUUUUACCACCAGAGGUCGAGUACUUGAUUCAUUUAGGAGUUCAUUAACUCCUAAAAUAGUAGAAGCUCUUGUUUGUGGUCAAGAUUGGCUUCAUGUAUUACCCCUUAAUGUUGAAGAGCCACCGGAGGAUAUUGAAAAAUUGGAAAGUGAUCUCUCCAAGAUUAGUUUAUCUCCACCCAUCAUUGACAUAGCAUGAGGUUUAUUGACAAGAAAUUACAGAG